GCGCGUAAGUCGCGUCGUAAGUGUUCAUAAAAUAUAUCGGAAGUGCAGUGAACGAGUAUUCCGCAACCAUUAUUUUAAUUUUUAACUUGAAUGGAGGGAUUUAUUUAACAAUAAGUGUUUUUGUUUUCCACGUGCACGUGAAGUAAACGUCACGUAAACGAAAUUAACUCGCUUAAGUGUCAACCUGAGGUGACAACACUUUCUCCAGUAGAGCACGCGGCCUUCCCACGGAGAAACCGUGCGAAGGAAAGCUUCAGAAAAAUGUUCUUUGUCUCCUUAGAUAAAAAGAGGAACCCAUGCAUCAGAUGAACUGGAAAGAUGAUGAUGUUAUGCUCAGAUUUUACGAGGAAGCAGCCCAGAGUCCGGUUAAAACCAUCUCUCAAAUGGUCUCAGAUACUGCUGUUGCUGGUGCUCACAACGCUCAUUGCGACAUGCUCAGCCAACAGACCACCCCGCUUUUUGAUCGAUGGACGAUCAGAAAUUGUCGUAAGGUUAAAGGAAGGACCCGAAACUCCAGUAGGGAGUUUAAUUUACCGACUUCGGGGCAUUGACCCUGAUGAGGACACGUUAAAAUUCGGUAUUAAAGACCAAAUUGGUAGUGAUAUAUUAAGAAUAGAAGCCAUUUCGUCCAACGAAGCUAAUGUAUAUUUAGUUAAGGAAUUAGAUAGAGAGACACGCGAUGAAUACUCAUUUGUGUUAACACUAACUGACGGAUAUUUAGGGGAGGGUAACUUUGUCACUCAAAGCUUUUUGUUGUUAGUUGAAGAUGUAAACGACAACGAACCUGUUUUCAAACCAUAUCCUUCCGCUAUCACAGUAAGAGAAGAUGCUGAUCCUGGUAUUUUAGUAACUGUUGAAGCCACUGACCUUGAUGAAGGGGCAUACGGCCAAGUACUUUAUCAAUUACAAGAAUUAGAUGGCGACCUUGAGAAUUUUUUAAUACAAACAGUGAACGGGAGAGGUGUGAUACGCUUAGUAAAUGGUUUAGAUUAUGAGCGAAAAUCCCUUUAUCAACUGCGAGUAUUGGCUGUGGAUCGUGCUAAUCAAGGCAGGAUUAAUACGGGGACGGCUGCUAUUUUAGUGAAAGUCCAGGACGUUGAGGAUCAGCCGCCAGAGUUUAUUGUUGCCAGUCCCGUUACUAGGAUCAGCGAAGAUGCACCCAUCGGGACUUCAGUUUUACAAGUGCGAGCCAUCGAUGGAGAUAGGGGGAUUAACAAUCGCAUUUCCUACAGCAUUGUGUCAGGUGGAGAGGAACAUUUUGAUAUUGAUGGCACAUCGGGUGUUAUCUAUACAUUUAAUCCAUUGGAUAGAGAAGAUCCACUUAACAGCAAUGGAGCUUAUAUCUUGGAGAUAUUGGCUACAGAAGAAUCACAGCAUAUAUCACCUCUGCCCAGCGCUACCACUGAGGUAACAAUAAUUGUAACAGAUGUUAAUGAUGAGAUACCAAGGUUCCGAAGUGAGCAAUAUGUUGGAGAAAUAUUAGAGAAUGCCCAACAGAAUACACCUAUCACACUCUUACAGCAUGGUGUGCCUGAAGUCUAUGAUUAUGAUCAGGGUAAAAAUGGAACAUUUGAGUUAUACUUAAUAGGUGAUAGUGGUGUGUUUGAGGUGACACCAUUCAAAGGUGUCAAUGAGGCCUCAUUCUUGAUCAGGGUAAAUAAUCCAUCUUAUCUUGAUUAUGAAAAAAUUACAAUGAUGAAUUUUACUCUAAUCGCCAAAGAAGUUGUUACCAAAGACCCAAAAAUGAGUAUAGUGCCAAUAACAAUUUACAUAAAAGAUGAAAAUGACAAUUUCCCGGAGUUUACGGAGUCAGUAUAUACAGUGUCAGUUCCUGAGAACUGUGGAGUAGGAACUACAGUUGCUUGGGUACAAGCUAUGGACCAAGAUUCUGAUAAUUACGGAACAAAAGGUAUUCGAUAUACAUACCUUGGAGGGAGUAUUGCACAUUUAUUAAAUCUAAAUGAAAUAACAGGUGUAAUAACAGUUAAGCAAUCAGGAGACGGUAGUUUCGAUAGAGAGUUGGUUUCAAGACACUAUCUUACAGUGGAAGCGAGAGAUGACCAGGGUGAUGGUAACAGAAAUACAGCACAACUUGUGAUCAAUAUAGAAGAUGUUAAUGAUAAUGCACCAAUGUUCUUAGCUAAUAAAUAUGAAGCCAGAUUGUUGGAGAAUGAGCGACAUUUUGAAAAUCCACUGAUUGUAGAGGCGAGGGAUGCUGAUUUAAAUGGAACUAAAAACAGUCAUAUAGAAUACUCAAUAGUAGGCGGUGAUUACAAGAACAAUUUCACAAUCGAUCCUAACCUUGGAAUCAUCACUCCGGUAUCGGGUUUGGACUUUGAACAAAUACCUGGCGACAAUGGCAACAUACGACCAAUACAUUUAGUUGUGAAGGCUCGAGACUUUGGCGUACCGCCGCUGUCAUCUACAGUGCCUGUUACCGUGUACGUACAGGACGUCAACGACCACGCCCCCAUGUUCCAACAGAUGAUCUACAAGCGAUCCAUCCCUGAAGAUAUGCCAGGUGGCACUAGUAUAUUAGAGGUGAAAGCUCGUGAUAUGGACGGUUCGUCUCCGAACAAUCGCGUGGUGUACCGCAUUGAGCGCGGGGCUGCGGACAAGUUCGUGGUGCAGGCGGACAGCGGGGUGGUGGCCGUCGCACAGGGCGCCAGUCUAGACCCAGACGUCGCCAGCCCCAAGAUGACCACCUAUACUCUCACACUGAUCGCAAUAGACGGCGGUAUUGGAGAGCAACAGCUGAGAGCUGCAGUACUCGUCAACAUCACUAUAGUGGAUGUCAACAACAAGCCGCCCAUCUUGUACGAACCGGGCACUGUUAGUGUUAUGGAAAACACACAGGUGGGUACAGUGAUCUACCGCGCUCAAGCGCACGACCCGGACGAGCAGCCAGUGUUGCGCUACUUGAUAGACAAGGCGGGCAGCGCGGCCAAGAACGAGGAGGGCGUUCCUGUGCACCUCUCUGAGUACGACUACCUCACAAUGUGGGACUUGAAUCCCGUAGAUGGAACACUCAAAGUUGUAAGACUUUUGGAUCGAGAGAAAAUCGAAAUAGUGAAACUGAUGAUAAAAGUUGAAGACAUGGCGGCGAUUGAGACCGGACCGAAACAGACCGCGUCUGCGACACUCACUAUUGUCGUUGAAGACGAAAACGAUAAUAAUCCUAAGUUCAGGAAGCCUUACUACAAGACAUCUAUUGCUGAGAAUUCAAAGAACGGUGCUCUUAUUGACAAAGUAAUCGCCGAUGAUGCUGAUAAGAAUAGAACUAUGAGCUAUUUUCUUGAGGGUCCUUCUGAGCUGUUAGAGCUGGUGCACAUGGAGCGUGCGAGUGGUGAGCUGGUGGUGAGCAGCAAGUUGGACCACGAGCAGCACUCCUGGAUCAACCUCACAGUGAAGGCGGUGGACAGUGGUCUGCCGCAACGAUACUCUGUUGCCGAUCUAUUUAUACAGGUUUUAGAUGAGAACGACAACAAUCCAGUAUUUGAGACGAGUAAAUUUGAAUACACAAUACCAGAGGAUAUCAAACCUGGGACAGCGGUGGCGGACAUUGUGGCGCGAGACGCAGACUCCGGGGAGUUUGGGAAGAUCACAUACUUAUUAGAUCGUAUGUCUACACAGGGCAAAUUCCUUAUAAGAGCAGAGACGGGUACACUUAUAGUAUCGGAGCCAUUGGAUCGCGAGACACAGGUGACCUACAACCUGGUGGUGGAAGCCUGGGACAACUACCAGUUCGGAUUCCUCAGCGGGGAGAGUAGGAACGCAUUCAAACAGAUCGUUGUGCACGUGGAAGACGUGAAUGACAACCCACCACAGUUGAAGCUGCCAAACGAGUGUGCCACAGUGACAGAGUUCCAUGAACAACGGGAGCACGUCACCACUGUGUCCGCUGUUGAUGCGGACGACAACACCUCGCCCAAUGGACAAGUCACCUUCCAUCUUGUCGGCGGCAAGGGACAUGAGUUAUUCCGUUUCGAGCAAAUUGCUGGUGAAGUUAACACUGCGCGGUUGUUCGCACGACAGUCGUUACAAGAUCGCUUUGGGAACUACUCGCUGGUGGUUGAAGCACGAGAUGCUGGCCAUCCCUCGCUAACAGCACGAGGAAUUUUACGUGUCUGCGUCACUGACUAUAAUGACCAUCCGCCAGUAUUCGUGCACCCUCCACAGAAUGUCACCAUUAAAGUGCCAGAGAACGCAACAAUCGGUACGGUGGUUGUGGAGGUGAGGGCCAUCGACGCGGACAUCGGCCCCAACGGCGCAGUGCGGUAUCGUGUGCGGCGAGACGCGGCCGGCGCCUGGCGCACCUUCGCCGUGCACCCCGCCACCGGCGUACUGCGCACCGCUGCGCCCCUCGACACCGACCACCGCACCUCAUACCAGCUCAGAAUAGAAGCGUACGACUUGGGCAUGCCCACUCCGCUAAGUUCGGACUUGGACCUCACAAUAUACGUACAGAAUGUUGACAACUACAGACCUCGCUUUCCUGAUAAAGCCAUUUACAUUAAUAUCACUGAAAAUGUAGCAGAUUAUGAAGUUAUUUUACCAAAUGUAGUGGAAAGAGACCCUAUAGAUAGAGGAGAUGAACCUAUUCUGCCGGUCUGUUACUACGUAGUGGAAGGGAAUGAAGACGCCAUGUUUGAUUUGGAUAGGAGCACUCACAGGUUAACAUCAAUAGCGUUAGAUCGUGAGCAGAAAUCGAAUUACACAUUAACAGUCCUAGCUACUGAAGAUUGUGUCAAUACACCUAUAUAUCAGUCUUCAGAAGAUGCAGUCAGUUCACUUAAAUUGUACAUCAAAGUGUUAGAUGUAAAUGAUAACGCACCAAAGUUCGUCAGUGAGAUAUUCACAGGUGGUAUUACUACUGACGCUGAUUUUGGAAUCGAAUUUAUGCAUGUUAAGGCUAUUGAUAUAGACGAAGGAGAUAAUGCUAAAAUUAACUACUAUUUGAUCGGGGACGUGAAAGAAACAUUAACUGAGGGCUUAGAGAAUUUAGCGGUGUCACCCUUCCUGGUCAACAUCGACACUGGUGCCGUCUCGCUCAACUUCGACCCGCAGAAAGGGAUGAAGGGAUACUUUGAUUUUAAGGUGUUAGCAAACGAUACAGACGGCUAUCAUGAUGAAUCCCAUGUAUUUAUAUAUCUAUUACGAGAAGACCAACGAGUGCGCUUCGUUCUACGCGCCCACCCAUCAGAAAUACGAGACAAGAUACAGAUGUUCAGAGAAACAUUAGCACAUGUGACACAAUCUGUGGUCAAUAUAGAUGAUUUGCGGGUCCAUGAGAACAAAGACGGCUCAGUAGACCAUACCAAGACGGAUUUGUACCUACAUCUGGUGAAUAAAGAAGACCAUUCGGUCCUAGAAGUGGAUCAAGUUUUGAAACUCGUGGAUAAUAAUAUUGAGCAGCUAGACAGCCUUUUUAAGGAGUUUAACGUGUUGGACACGCAGCCUGCGGGGUGGGCGGCGCUGCGCGGGGCGGGGGCGGGGGCGGGUGUGGGCGGGGCGGGGGGCGGGCGGGCGGUCUACUGGCUCGUGUGGACCUCACUGCUGCUGGCCGCACUGCUGGCACUCUGCCUCGUGCUCUGUCUCACUCAGAGAGCGGACUACGUCAGGAGGCUUAAAGCCGCCACCGCUACUGCGUACUCAUCACCAACUCCCGGAGAUUCUGACAUGACUAUCCGAAGCACGGGUCGAGUACCGAAUACAAACAAGCACAGCACCAAGGGAUCUAACCCAAUAUGGCUGCAGGCUUACGAGAACGACUGGUACAAAUCCGACGAACAACUGAGUCAGUCGGAACGCGACUCUCUGGACGAGAACGCGGUCAACCAGGACCUGGCUGCUGAUAAACCUUAUUUUAUAACAACUGGUGCGUUCCCAUCGAUACAGUCUAAUGACACUGAAACUGGAACAAACCAGGCAGAUUGUGCUUUCUACCAACAGCUAGAGCAAAUGAAGAACGCUAAAAAUAUGGAAACUACCGAACUCUAGUAACUGACUAAUGGAUAAUACGAUAAUAACGGUUAAAAUAUAAUAUGUCAUAUGUCUAAUAAUUAUUUAGUAAACAUAUUCUUUGAGCCCGAAUAAUGUUGUUAAUGUUCCUUAUUUAAUAAUAAAAUAUUACCCAAAAGUGUCGAAAGUAUUACCCAAAAGUGCUGAAGAGAAAAUAUUGCCGCCAGAAACUAUUCUAUCUGAUGUCUUAAAACUAGUUCUUUCUGAAUUGUAGUCUCCGCAAAAUAAACUCGGACAAAAGAAUACUAUAAAAUUCUGCUAAAUAUGAGUGUGUUUUAUACAAAAACUUGUU